AUGGCAUCUGCUGAGAGGGUUACACUGGUGACAGUUGCAGUAGCUGUUUCAGCUGUAUUAAAUAUAGCUCCUCCACCAUUUUUUGUAUUCCCUCGCGUCCAUUGUAAGUCCCAUUUUGUUAGGGGUGGCCCUAUAGGAUGUGAUGGUGAUACUAAUCCGGCAGGCUGGAUGAAAGAAGAGAACUUUAUGAAGUACGCCAAGCAUUUCGUGAAACAUGUUAAACCUAGUAAAGAAAAACCUGUACUUUUGUUGUUGGAUAACCAUGACUCUCACUUAUCAAUUGAAGCUUGA